CUGGCUUCAUCCUACUCCCAAAACUGUCGCUCUGCAGCCGCCGUCUUCUGUGCGUGAUGACGUCAGACACCCGUGGACUGGCGGUCUGCCAUCUUUGAUUGUGAGACAGGCCGCGGCGCAAGCAGCACUCAACGAGAGCAGCACUGUCUCACACGAGAUAACGGGUGGGCAACAAAAAAAAAAGACAAACACAAAUCGUGACCCUCUUAACGUCCAAACAACGGUGGAGACCCCGGGAAAGAAGAAAGGGCACCGUGUUGGCACAGAAUAGAUUUGAGGCCCGUGCAAAUCGAGAGGAAAUGGUUGGAUGCUAGCUACUGUACCACGCUAGUUACCUAACUAGCUAUCGUUAGCAAGUUAGCCAGUUUUUGUAAUCCGCCGGCCACACACUCGGCUUGGAUACUACAAAACAAGCCGAACCCAGACGACAUACUAGAAGAAGAGAGACCGGCGGUGACAGGAGGCUGGUUCUGGGGGUGAGACCAGAGGACCAGACUCAAUGAGUUUCCAGCGAAAUGUCAGAGAAGUCAGGGCAGAGCACCAAGGCAAAGGAUGGCAAGACCAAGUAUGCAACCCUUAGCCUCUUCAACACGUACAAGGGCAAGUCUCUGGAGACCCAGAAAACUGCAGUGGCUGCCAGACAUGGGCUCCAGAGUUUGGGUAAGGUUGCUGUCAGUCGGCGCAUGCCCCCCCCUGCCAACCUGCCCAGCCUGAAGGCAGAGAACAAGGGCAACGACCCCAACGUUAACAUUGUCCCCAAGGACGGCAGCGGCUGGGCCUCCAGACCUGAGGGAGGAGACGAGAGGCAGUCCGAUACCCCCCCACCCCAGCCUAACCCAGGGCCCCCCCAACCCCCAGAGGUCUCGUCCUCUAUAGGGUGCAGCAGAUCCUGGGCCAACAGCAAGCCACCGCCACCACAGCUAGAUGGAGGAGCCCCUCGUGUGAGCAGCCAGUUCCACCAGGAGUUCCCCAGUUUGCAGGCGGCCGGAGAGUCGGAGAAAGGGGAGGGGCAGGAGGAGGAGCCUUAUGGACCUGGACCCAGCCUCCGACCUCAGAAUGUUGGUAGUUGGCGCGAGGGCGGGGGAAAGAAUCUGACCACCUCAGCUAGCCCUUCUGAGAUGGACAGCUGUGGGCCAGAGGAGGGAGGGGCAGCUCUCAGCACCCCCUCACCCCCUGGGGAGGUGGAGGAGAGAGGCAGGGUGCCCCCUAAUGAGAAGAAAGAGGUCAGGGAGAGGCUGCCCCUGUCUGCCAAGCCUGCACCCCUCUCCUCUCAGCCCAAGCUACAACCCCCCUCUGUUCCAGCCCAGCCUAAACUCAAUGGUGGCCAGCAGGCCCCUACCGGUGUGCCUCCCCAGUUCCACGCCCAGUUCAGGGGCAUGAUGCCACCCUACAUGUUCAAUGCGUAUCCCAGGAUGCCCUUUACUCCAGUGCCAGGGAACAUCAGAUACCCUGUUCCACAGGAUGGAGCCAGGAGGGUCCGUCCCCAGCACGGGCCCCCCCAGGCCUGGAUCAAGGACCCAGAUAGACCCUCCAUCAUCAGCGCCACAGAGCUUAAAGAGCUUGACAACCUGGACACAGAGGCUGAUGAGGGCUGGGCUGGAGCUCAGAUGGAGGUCGACUACACAGAGAAACUCAACUUCAGUGACGACGAGGAGAACCAUGCCGCCAAAGAGAAAGGGGAAAACUGGGAGUGGAUGGGUAAAGUGGAGCGGAUGAGGGCACAGCGCCCGUCAGACGGCCAGGAGGGCAGCAAAGGCUCAUGGGUAGAUGGAAGGGACCCCAGGGUGCUUUCCCUAGGCAGUAAGGGGGUGUACAAGACCGGCCCACCACAGGACCACCAGGGUCAGCUAGGUGGGCGCUCGGUGGGCAGCGGAGCCCCUCGCGUGGCCAAACCCCCCACCAUUGCUCCCCCUGCUGGUGAGGAGGAGUGCGAGGCCUGGCGCCAGAAACACAAGAAGCAGGACCUGUCGGAAGCGGUAGAAAGAGCCAGGCGGAGGAGAGAAGAGGAGGAGAGGAGGAUGGAAGAACAGAGACUCACCGCUUGCGCAGAGAAACUCAAACGCCUCAACGAGAAACUCCACCCGGCAACAGAUGCCAAGCACGGCCCUGCUGCCGAGACAACCAAUGAAGAGACUGGAGCUGUGUGUGAAGACGCACCUCCUUUCUCUGUUCUUCCCCCUGUCUCCAACACUGCACCAUCGCAGCCUGCUCCUUCCUCUCAGCCCCCGAACAUAUCAGCCCCUCUCCAAGACCGAGAGAGUGUGGAGAGGGAAAGGAUUGAGAGAGAGAGUGUGGAGAGGGAAAGGAUUGAGAGAGAGGGUGUGGAGAGGGAAAGGAUUGAGAGAGAGUGUGUGGAGAGGGAAAGGAUUGAGAGAGAGCGUGUGGAGAGAGUAGAGCCUAUUGCGAAGGAAGAGAGUCAGUUUGUGCCUCGCCAGCCCAGCCCUCCAGCCCAGAGACCAUUGUCCAUACCCCCAGAGCCUCGGCUCGGAGAGGGUCCCCUGAGUGAGGUGAGCCCUCUGGUGGAGGAAAGCCAGACUGAGAGACUGACACCCAUGCCUAUCAGAGACUACUUCAGCACCGAUGAGAGCAGAGUGGAGGAACCUGUGCCGCUCACUCUGCCCCUUAUGGACCCCCUCAGUGGAGAGGACGCCCCUGUGGCCCCCCUGGACCUUGAUGGAGAGGUGGGGGCUGCCAUGCGCCCCUCUCUCACCUCUGGAUACUCGAAACAGUUCCAGAAGUCUCUGCCUCCGCGCUUCCUCAGGCAGCAGGAGCAGAUGAAGCAGCAGUGGCAGCAGCAGCAGCAGCAGCAGCAGGGGGGUGGUGCUGGUGGUGGUGGGGCUGUGUCCCCAUCAGGAGGAGGUGCGGGUGGAGGAUGUGUAGCUGCCUCCCAGCAGCAGCACCGCUCCCUGUACCAGCCCGUCGGCCCCCCUCACCACCAGCAUCAGCAGCACCUGGCUAACAUGGGCUUUGACCCCCGCUGGCUCAUGAUGCAGUCAUAUAUGGACCCCCGCAUUAUGUCUGGAAGACCACCGCUCGACAUGCCAAACAUGCACCCUGGACCUGGGCGGAUUCCUCCUAAGCAGAUAGUUCGUAGAGAGCCAGGGGACAGCUCCAGUUCUGACUCCUUCGACCACCUGACCAGGCCCAUACGGGACCACAGUCUCCCUUCUGAACCGCGCAUAGUAUGGGGAUCUGACCCAUACCCCCAAUCUGAACCCCUUCCCUCUGUCACACCCCCUAAAGGACGGGAGGACGAGGACAGCAGACUGGACUCUGGGUUGGAGAUGGAAAGGGGUCUCCCAGCCAUGUACCCCAGCCAGGAUCACAAUCCACUGGAACCCUGUGGCAAAUCAGACCUUUUCAGAGAUCCCACAAAGCCCCUGUCAGGAUUAGGCCCAGGCCCAGAGGAGGCUCCAGAACCCCUGCAGACAGAAAUAGGGCCUGGUGGGUCUCCCUUUGAGCCAGUGGAGCCUAGCCUGCCCACUGCAGAGGUGGAGUCUCUGGGACAGGCCAUGUUACAAAGAACCAUCUCCCAGGGCUCCAGCCACUCCCUCAAACUGGAUGAGCCCAGGUUCGACAGCCUCCAUCUGGGAACAAAGACACUUGAGCUCCAGGAUCCGGAAGAGAGGCCAGGCGGGGAAGAUAUAAAGGCCAGUAAAGAGCCUUUCUCCCAGGCUGCUGUGACCGGGGACACCCCUCCAGCUGACGGCCUCCACAAGCUCGAGAAGCCGGCCACCAGCAAGCAGAAGGCUGAGCUGCGCUGGGGAGGGAGGUCUGGGGCCGGCCGGAGGGAUGGACCAGGGGGAGAGAGGCCGGUACGCAGGUCUGGACCUAUUAAGAAACCUGUACUCAGAGACAUGAAGGAAGAGCGAGAGCAGCGGGAGGAGAGAGAGCGACACCGUGAGAGAGGAGAAAAGGGGGAGAGACCUAAGAAAGAGGAGCGAGGAGGAGUGAAAGCUGCCUCCGCUGCUGCUGCGGUGUCUGAGGGCCCCAGGGACAGACCCCACGGAGAGAAGGAGAGGGACAGACCCCACGGAGAGAAGGAGAGGGACAGACCCCACGGAGAGAAGGAGAGGGACAGACCCCACGGAGAGAAGGAGAGGGACAGACCCCACGGAGAGAAGGAGAGGGACAGACCCCACGGAGAGAAGGAGAGGGACAGACCCCACGGAGAGAAGGAGAGGGACAGACCCCACGGAGAGAAGGAGAGGGACAGACCCCACGGAGAGAAGGAGAGGGACAGACCCCACGGAGAGAAGGAGAGGGACAGACCCCACGGAGAGAAGGAGAGGGACAGACCCCACGGAGAGAAGGAGAGGGACAGACCCCACGGAGAGAAGGAGAGGGACAGACCCCACGGAGAGAAGGAGAGGGACAGACCCCACGGAGAGAAGGAGAGGGACAGACCCCACGGAGAGAGGGAGAGGGACAGACCCCACGGAGAGAGGGAGAGGGACAGACCCCACGGAGAGAAGGAGAGGGACAGACCCCACGGAGAGAGGGAGAGGGACAGACCCCACGGAGAGAGGGAGAGGGACAGACCCCACGGAGAGAGGGAGAGGGACAGACCCCACGGAGAGAGGGAGAGGGACAGACCCCACGGAGAGAGGGACAGACCCCACGGAGAGAGGGACAGACCCCACGGGGAGAGGGACAGACCCCACGGGGAGAGGGACAGACCCCACGGGGAGAGGGACAGACCCCACGGGGAGAGGGACAGACCCCACGGGGAGAGGGACAGACCCCACGGGGAGAGGGACAGGGACAGAACCCAAGGGGAGAGGGAUGGGAAGAGUGAGGCCCCUGAGACGGAGGAGCCUGGGAAGGGCCUCCAGAGAUCCAGAGAUAUACAUGCCCCGAUACCAGCCUCCCAGGACGGCAAGACAGACCAACUACCAACCAAUGACAUAACCCCUGAACCUAAAUUACCCUCUACGAAGGAGCCCAACCUGCCCCCACGGACCUACCGCCGUGAUGAGAGGGAAAGAGACCGGGAGAGAGAGAUGGAAAGGGACAGAGAGCGAGACUGGCCGGCUGAUGGUUUUAGAGGCCGAGGCAGAGGGGAGUACUACUCUCGAGGACGGAGUUUCCGGGGAACUUAUAUUGGUCGAAGUAGAGGUGGCCGGGGUCGUAGUCGAUGGGAGUACCCUUAUCAGGAGCCGCGCUCUCGCUCAGACUUUCCUGCCGCCAGUGGCGCUGCUGCCUUCCGCUGCCGUGAAGAGAGCGAGACGCGCAGCGAGAGCUCAGACUUGGAAGUGAUGCCCAAACGCAGACGGCGUCGUGGUUCCGAUACCGACUCGGAGAGCGAAGGAGGACGGGAGUCCGCUAGCGACACUGGGGCCUCAGACCGUGAGCCCAGUGCCAAACCACCCCGACCGCUCCGCAGGGAUAUACCAGGAGAGCACCGCUCCGGACCACACAAACCUGGCUUCGGACCCCAUCACCUGGGGGAGAAAGGAGGUCCUAGGGGAGGAGAUGAGGGAAGGCCCAAGCCAGGCUUCCUGCCCAGAGGAGAUCCUUCACGGCGUGGGAGAGGGGGACUGUACAGCAGGCGAGGGGGAGCCAGGGAGAGAGGAGGUCCUAGGUCAGCUCCUCUCAGACGCCCAGGAACUAGAGAGUCGUCCUCCCAGUGGCCCUCUAAACCCAUGGAGACCUUCCGCCCUGAGGACACAGAACCCUCGUCAUCACGCUAUGACAACUGGGACCAUCACUCUGACCGACGGCCCGUUCGAGGGGACAGAGACCGACAGUUCGAGGGGAAGAAGUUUGGGGAGGGGGGGCCCCAGAGUAGCAGAGACAGAGAGAGGCCCCGUCGCCCUCGGCCAGCCCGACCCCCCAGACAGGACAAACCCCCCCGGUUCCGGAAGCUGAAGGAGAGAGAGGCUGCGGUCUUAGCUGGAGGAGACACAGGACCUGGACCCACGUCCACUGCCCCCGUCCCAGCCUUAGUGCCUGGCCCUGUCCCCUUGUCCCCUACUCUCUCAAGAGCUCCAGGGGCCCCCUUCACCCUGCCUGUAGAUAAGGAUCCCAAAGCCGCUGACCUAACCUCUGACCCAGCCCUGCCUGACGCCACCCCUCCCACCACCUCUGCCGUGGGCACCAAGUCACCUGACCUGUCCACGCAGAACUCUUCUGACCAGGCCAACGAGGAGUGGGAGACAGCGUCGGAGAGUAGCGACUUUAACGAGCGUAGAGAACGGGAGGAGAGGAGGGUAGCGCGGGAGGCUGCUAGCGGCACUGCCCAGACCUCGACACCAGCCCCCCUACCCCCUCAGGGCUCAGCACCCCCCAGCAGGACUCCCACCGAGGGAGGGAUGACACCCAAACGCGAGGCAGCCGGUCCCACCGGGGGCAGGAGGAGCUUCUCCAGUCAGCGUCCGGUGGAGAGGCAGAACCGCUGGGGGAACAGCGGACCCAAACCAGGCCGUGGCUACGCAGGGGGGAAGGGAGAGAGGCGAGGAGGGGGCAAGGCUGGACGCAGAGGAGCGGCCCCUAACCCAGACUCAGCCCCGGGUGGGGGAGGGGUGCGUACUGGGGGUAAAGACCCUGCUGGACGCAGGAAGGACGAGACCAAACAGAAACCCAAGGAGAACGCUCUGUUGCAGUUUGACCUAAACAACUAUGCCAGUGUGGUGAUCAUAGAUGACCAUCCAGAGGUGACAACCUUAGAGGACCCCCAGUCUAACACUACAGAUGACGGCUUCACUGAGGUGGUCUCACGUAAACAACAGAAACGACUACAGGACGAGGAGAGGAGGAAGAAAGAGGAGCAGACUACACAGCACUAUGGAAAGAAAGGAUCAGGGGAAAAGGGGAGAGGAGGAAGCAAGCUGCCACCAAGAUUCGCCAAAACAGCAGCAGCAGCAGCAGCAUCAACAACAAGCAUCACAACAACAACCACAGCAAGCCUCACAGCCGCAGCCUCAACAGCCCUCACCUCCCCCUCAGCAACCCCAACCCCUCCUAUCUGCCUCCCAGCUCCCUACCCCCUCCCAGCCUGCUGCCUCUCCCCAGACUCUGAAGGCUCUGUGGCCACCCUACCCCCCGCCCCUACCCCCACCACUGUGGACUUCACCUCCAAGACUCCCCUUCCCCCUGUGGCGCUGCUCACGCAGACCCACAGCACUCUCGGUACGGAACUCUGGGAGAACAAGGUGGCCGGAUCCAUCAUACUGCCUGACGUCAAGAAACUUGGACCCAUCAGCCCUCCUCAGCCUCCUUCAGUCAGUGCCUGGAACAAACCUCUCACCUCCUUCACUGGGACUGUCACUCCUGAGGGUGUGAAGCCUGGCUCAGAAGGCAGUGUGGAUCUAGGGAUGGACUGUAUCCAGUUUGGAGCCCCGUCCUCAGCUGGCAGUACAGACAGCGAUGGUGUUCCAGCCAUGCUAGAGCCUGGACCUGACAACAAACUACCUGCUCCUAAAGAACAGAGACAGAAACAGCCCCGUGCUGGACCUAUCAAAACACAGAAGCUCCCUGACAUGGAGCCAGUAGAGCCUAAGGAGUACAAGCCUGGCCCUAUUGGUAAAGAACGCUCCCUGCGUAACCGCAAGGCUAAGGACGUCCGUGUGGGGGGGGAAGAAUGUCUUGAUGGGGGGAUAGUACCAGGUGGAGGGACCAACAGAGCAGUAGAUUCCAGCCCCCCCAACACAGACGCCUCUGUUCCUGAGCUAGGGGGCGAUAUCGAGGGGAUGAUCACCAUACCCUCGGCGGAGUACGCCAGCAGCUCCAAGGAGUCAGUGACCGACUACACCACCCCCUCUUCCUCUCUGGCGGACAGCGUUCCUACUGGAGGGAGUAAGAUGGAGGAGAGCCUGGUGGCCAACGUGGCCCUGCCUCACCCUCUCCCUCGUAGAGAGGCCUUACAGCAGAGCUCUAGCCUCAGUACUGUCUCUCCUGCUUCUGUUGACCUCACACUGAAGAUGGAGUCAGCCCGUAAAGCGUGGGAGAACUCCCCCAGCCUGGUAGAAAAGAGUUCUCCUGUCACCUCCUCUUCUCCUAUCACCUCCUCCUACUCCUCCUUCUCCUCUGCCUCCAUGCCUCAGAUACCAGUAGCCUCCGUCACACCAAGCACUUCUCUGACAGGUGCUGGGACAUACACCACGUCCGCUCUGAGCACUAAGACCACCACGGCCUCUGACCCCCCCAACAUCUGCAAGGUGAAACCCCAGCAGCUGCAGACUGGAUCCAUGGGUGGGACCAGCUUCUCCCAGCUAGGCUGUGUGGCACCCCUGCUUCCACAGCAGCAACAGACUCCACAGGUCUACGUCUCUCAGUCUGCAGCGGGCUCUGCAGCCCAGAUUCCAGCGUUCUACAUGGACACCAGUCACCUGUUCAGCAACCCCCACUCCCGCCUGGCACCUCCCCCUCUGACACAGCACCAGCAGCAGGGCUACCAGCCUAGACUCUCACAGCAGGCGGCAGUGCAGCAGAUUCCUAUCCCAAUCUAUGCUCCCCUACAGGGGCAGCACCAACACACACACACACACACUCACCAGGCCCAGCUAAGCCUCAGCACUGGACCUCCCGUCUCCCAGCCACAGGACCUCUUCAGCUCCUCACUGCAGCCUUAUAGAUCACAGCAGGCCUUUAUGCAGAGCAGUCUGUCCCAGCCCAGUCCCAUGAUGUUAUCAGGGCCAUCUCUCCACAGCUACCCUGGUGUUGGGGGCCAUGACCUCGGCAAGCCCCAGUCCAGCUUGGCCUACCAGCAGCCCUCCAACACACACACACAGCACAUCCCCAUCCUGUUUGAACCACAGCUCAACCAGCCCUCUGGCAUGGGAGGAUCCCAGCUGAUAGAUACACACCUACUGCAGCGUCAGGGGAUGAGUCCACAUUCUAACCUGUACUCAGGACAGGUGCAACAACACGGACAGAGCAGUUACUAUAGUAACACACAGUCUCCAAGCUCUGCCAUGCAGCAGGUGCAAGUCCCUAUGCCAGGCUCUCAGCUCGGUCUUCCUAACUAUGGUUCCGUGGGCAGCCAGCCCCUCCUGGCUCUGCCCCCCACCCCUCCCCAGGCGCAGCCCCCUAGCCUCAGCCGCCAGCCCCCAGUCUCCCAGCCCUACAGGGGACCCUUCGGACACACACACAGCGUGAUGCACCCCCCCUCCAGCAAGAUGUGUGAGAUGGACCUGAAGCUGUUUGGCAGUGGGAUGGACAUGAAGCCUGGGACAACGCCUCACAGCGCUAGGAGCACUACCCCUACAUCUAGUCCUUACAGGGCCAGCUCUACAUCUCCCAGCAGCCAGUCCAGUAAGAUGAACAGCAUGCUGUACCAGAAACAGUUCCAGCCCAGCUCUGCUGCCAUGAGGAUCACACAGCACUUCCCUGGACAGUUCAACCCACAGAUUCUGUCCCAGCCCAACCUGGUCUCUCCUCUCGUGCGCCCUCCCUCCCACACCCAGCAUGCUAACUCAUUUUGUGGAGGGAUGCAGCGUUCGCCUAUGGGCCCACCCCCCAUGUCUCCCUCUCUGGGAGGGGGUUUGAUGCCUCACCCCCGGCCACCACCGCAGCAGCAGCAGUUUCCCCAGAUGCACCCGUCCCACCCCCCUAGAGGGCCUCUUCCCCCCCUCGCACCUAGAGGCCCUACAGGUCCCCGAGGAAACCAGGCAGAGCAGGACCUCAAGGCGAAGCAGCGAGCCGAGGUGCUCCAAUCGACUCAUAAGUUCUUCUCAGAGCAGCUCAAGGCUCCGUCAGUCUCCAAACCCUCUCGUCUCGACCAGGGGGGUUGCAAACCCCCCCUCGACAUUCUGCCCCCCAACCACCAGACGGUGGGAGUUGUGGAGCGCCCUGAGCCCGACAAACCAUCCCUGUCAGCGGGCAAACCCAUCCGCACCGGCCCCAUCAAGCCCCAGGCCAUCAAACAAGAGGAGGGGAAGUAGAGCCUCACACAUCUCCACAGAUGGAUGGGAGAGAGAUGAUCCAGCUGCUCCACAUAUUCAUGCAAUCACUCACUUACACAUCACCCUCUCUGGUGUUAGAGGCGGAGAAAGAGAGGAGAGGUGGGGGUGUAUUAGUCAAUGGUUCCUGAGGGGGCUACUGUGUGUGUGUGUGCUCCAACCUCAUCUCUCUCUCCCAUUCUCUCUUGUCCUCCACUAUUGGGGGUCUGUGUGUGAUUUUUUUUUUUUUUAAGCCCCACCUCUUGUAAUUUGGUCGGGGCGGAAGACUGCAAACUGUACUUCAAAUGUCUACUAGGAUGGUAAAAAAAGAUUGAAUGGAGAAAAAAUAUUUGCCAGUUUGCCAUUUUUAUAGCCCUAUGAUUUCUGUUCCUUUCUUUUUCACAAUAGAAUCCCGUUAUUAGGAGGACAGGGCUGUUCUUUUUGUUAACAGGAGAAUCAAGCAAUCUUGUUUUUGUAGUUGGAUGAAACAAUCUUAGUUAAAGAUGUAUUUUAGUGAAGCACAGACUCGUUCUAUUCCUCUGCCAGUCUUCCAUCCAUCAUUGCUAACACACAGCUGUGUGAGUGUAUACAAGCUUGUACGAUCACCACACACACAAACUCCCUCUAGCGCUCAACGCUUUCACCAAUAUUCACUAAAGAGUGGAACUAUGAAAUGAGGGUUUGUCUCGAAAGGAAAUGUAAGAUGCAGCAGUUGAUUUAAUUGAUUAGUCUGCCUUUUCUCUUGCUCGCAUCUCUUUGAGCGGAAUGAUAAAGGUGGUGUUUGUGUGUGUUUGCGUGGGGCACAUGGGAGGCCACUGCCUGGUUUUCUCCUGUAUCUUUAGCCAAAGGUUAAGCGUGCAAAGAUGAUUUCACAGAGCCUUGAGAAUCCCUGUUGCUAUGGCAGCAGAGUGGAAGGGGAUUUAUUAUGGGCUGUCUGUAAAUGGACAGACAGACCCUGAAUUCAGUCUGGGAGCUUUCCUCCUCCCCCUUGAGAAAGGAGGAUAGAAUACCUCUUCACCACUGCUUAUUAUGGGCUGUCUGUAAAUGGGCAGACACACCCUGAAUUCAGUCUGGGAGCUUUCCUCCUCCCCCUUGAGAGAGGAGGAUAGAAUACCUCUUCACCACUGCUUAUUAUGGGCUGUCUGUAAAUGGGCAGACACACCCUGAAUUCAGUCUGGGAGCUUUCCUCCUCCCCCUUGAGAGAGGAGGAUAGAAUACCUCUUCACCACUGCUUAUUAUGGGCUGUCUGUAAAUGGGCAGACACACCCUGAAUUCAGUCUGGGAGCUUUCCUCCUCCCCCUUGAGAGAGGAGGAUAGAAUACCUCACCACUGCUCACUUGCCUGUAGGGCACCCAACCCUGCUGCUACUAACAGAAAGGGAGCGUGAGUACGAGUUCAAAACUGUAGAAACAAAACCGUUCAGUGUGGCUUUCUGUUAACCCUCACCAAGAGGGAAAGGGAGACGGAAGGGGGAGAAAUAAAACAAAAUUAGAAAUAGCUUUGUGUUUGACUGCAGGCUGCAGUUCUGCUGCAUUUCAGGGCAGAAGGACAGGUGUUAGUGUUGAGGAGAGAUUAUUCCUGUCUCAUCUCACUUCCACUCACUCAAACCUACACCACUCUCAUCGCAGGUUUACCAUGGUUACAAGGGUCCUUCAGAAAUGUACAGUAGUGUGCUCCACUAGUGGGGAGGGGUAUACCCCUAACCAGAACACAGGAUGAGGAACCUUGUGUAGGAGGACAGAGUGGGGGGUAAUUGGUUUGUUUUUUCUUUUACUUGUACAGGGGGUACAUCGCUGUAUUAAAAUAUGUACGGUCUUACAUUCUUGGUUUUAGUUAAGAAACUAAUAAAAUAAUAUGCUGUUUAAAAAGUG